CCAACUCCACGGCGAUCCGAGACCAGGAGCAGGAGGGCGGUAGUGCCUUCUACCCGGCGCACCACCUACUGCAACAUCACAAGUCGGAAGCCAAAAAGGCCCGGGUUCUCCGGAAAGACCCGUACCUUGGCCGCAACGUGAGGCGCACGGACCGGAAACGGUACUCGGACCUGUUUUUGGAGGCCCAGGCACAGACGCAACACGCGACGUCUACAGGGGAGAGUCUUUUAAAAAAUCACCCGAACGACAAGAAGGGCGAUAAUUUUCUCCAGUUCCCCGUCGUCACUAUCGAGGACCCUGAGACGGGGACCAAGCUCAGCCCCCGCUCGGCGCGCGGUCAGCACCUCUCCGCCGAGCAGAUCUACCAUCAGAACUGCGUGAAGGAAACCAAAAAGCAGAAGAACAGACUUCUGAACCGCAGCUUGAGCCCGUCGAGUCUCGCCGGGAGCCCGUUCGUCAGCCCGCGGUCCAUGUCGACGUCCGGUUUGGGGCUUGCAGUUUCUGGCGCACCUCAUACCACGUCCUCUAUCGGCACCAAUCAAUACCCAGACUUGCAAGUGCUACCGCGUCGCCGGAUUUACCGCAAGGACCCCUUUCUGGGGCGGGACGUGCGAAAAUCCGAUCACAAGCCGUACGUCGAGUUGUUCCGCGAGUGUAAGGAGAAAAAUCGUUUGACGCUCGGCGCAAAACUGUCGAAACAGUUCCUGCAGAACGGACCGGUCGUGUGCACUGGCGGGGAUGGAAUGAGUUCUGCGAGCGUCAUGUCUGCUACCGCUCGUCCAGCUGUUGUUCCGCGCAGAAUGAGGAGUGAGCCGGCGGGGAACAAACUAAAUGUGAAAAAUGCCUCUUCUAAAAAACCGGUACUGUUGAAACUGAACAAGGCGGCAGUUGUGGCUACGAAGGCAGAUAACGCCAAGAGUAGAAGUGCAAAGAUGGAACAAGAACGCCCCCAACACAGCACGAACUACACCAGCGAACAACAAAACGAUGCGGCACUUCUAGAUCAGCAGCUGCACUCGCUACCCUCGACUCAAUUUGCAACUCCGCGCGGGGGACUACAACAGCCGCUGGAGCUGCCGCCUGCUGAGACGCAGUUCUUCACGUAUUUGUCCGAUCUCCACACCACUACCAGCACGACCACAAGCGCGACGAAACACGACCGCCCGCUGCCCUUCUCUCAUGGUGCGGAACAAGGUGGACUCGUCGCACAAGAUCCUCAACGAGAAGAAGCAGAGGACGGCGACCAGGUUCGGCUCGCGAGCCAAGCCAGCACGACGCUUCUCGAGGAUGGUAUCAACAAGACCACCAGCACCAUUAGCACCUAUUCCAUGGCGAAGACGAACUCCAUGAACCGCACAACUACGUCGUCGACUGCUGGCAGUCCUUCCAAGUUCAUCAUGAAGGAGGCCGAGGCUCUAUUUACGACGUCGGCUAUUGAUGAAAUUAUGGAGGAGAAGUACGGGCACGUCGCCAGCAGCAACCGGGACUCGGACGACUGGGUCGUGUUGGAACUGGAAGACUGCGCGGGGGCCACUGCUGGAGCAGAAAACUACGAUGUCGAGCAGAUGUUUUUGGCAGGCUUUCUCCGGGACGAAAGCGAAAAGCACGCCCGUCUCCUCGAAGAGGAGCAAGCGGCCAUGGUGUUGGAAGAUCAGGACGCGGGCGUUUUCGUGCCGGUCCUCUAUGAACUGCAAAAGUAGCGUACUCGUAUAAAUGCAUUACAAAUCUUCUCAGCAUGAGAAAAAAAAUUUGUAAUGCGGAUUUGACUUGACAAAAAGAUUUGUAAUGCAUGAUUGCAAUACGAGGAGUGCGAUACUUUUGCAGUUCAUGUCCUCGACCGCCAGAACAAAAUUUACGACAAAGAUUUCAACCUUCCUUCCGUUAACAUCCAGCCGGUGCCGGUGAAGAUGAAUUUGGACUUGCAUCCACAACCUUCGCAGAAGCUUUUCUCCCCCUUGAAGCAGCACAAGGCAAGCACAUCUCCGACCGUAAAGCAUCUCCGGGCCGUUCAGGGAACGACGGUCUUCGACUACCAGCCGAUUGCGCGGAAAAACCACUCUACGCAAAGUGGCGCUGUGGUUCCGCCUGUUUCACCGGUCGUGACUGUAGGUGGGAACAAGAUGAACAAAGACAGCUCGUCUGGUUGGCUGGACCAGGAGAGCGUCUCCUUGAGCUCACCAAUGGCGAAGAGACAGGGAAAUGAAAAUAGCCAGUCCGCUGGAAGAGUGGUGACGAACAAAAAAAGUAAAAAGCUGAUGCAACAAGCUAAAGCAAAUCUAAAUGUAAACAGUUCUUCGAAAGACCAACAGCAACAGCAGUCUCAUCAACACCAUCAACUUGGGCGUCGGUACGACAGUGUGGAGGACGAGAUGAAAACUGAAGUCAUUGACUUGAUCGGGUUGGAGCAGAAGGAUGCGAUCCCUGCCACGCUCUCCGCAGAGAAGCUUUUUGAAGAAAAUUUCCAUCAACACCAAAUGGAAAAGACUGAUACCCCACAUUUCGGGAGCGAUAAUGGUGCUGACAUGGUAGCCGUAGCAAAUCGCGCAGCGGCAGCAACUGCAGCAGCAGGAAAUAACGGAGAUAUUAAACUACCGCAAUACAAGUCCAACACCGCACAGCUCCUUUCCUCCUACGGCUUGCCGGUCGAGCCGCACGAAUUGCCGUCGGCCGGGGCAGCCAGGAUGCAGAUGCUGACUAGCAAGAAGGGGACAUCAACUACGCCUGAUCAUGGGCAGCUCCUACUUCCCGCGCCGGUGCCGGUGAUUGGUGCAAGCAAUGUGCUGACUUCGGCCGCCUCAUUCUGCACAGUGAUGCCGACGACUACAUUAGCAUCGGCACAUCAACAUGAUCAACAAACUUCCAGUACCGGCGUUGAGAACAACUUACCGUAUGACAAGAAUCGCUCAACUUCUCCACUGAAGGAUUACGGUAUGAAGUUCCGGCAAACGCUGAACUUUCCGGUCUUUCAGGUGCCGACGUUGCACUUGUUGCCCACGCCGAAUGUUGUCGGUCAGGUCGUUAUGCAGCCGGGCUAUGAUACAACGAGUUUUGCCAUCAAUCCCAAUCGGAUGGCAAGUUGUAACGUUGUCGGCUCCACUGCCAGCCUUCCGGCCUUCGGUCGCCCGGCAUCAACCUCGUCGAUGCCACACGUCGAUCAUCAGCAGCAGCAGUCGUUUCAUCCCAUUGUUCUGAAAACCCAAUUGCCUGCUUCGCCGAGGGUCGACACGCUGAACAAAUCCUGCAGCAUCGUAAUUCCAGAGAAGGACUUGGCGCAUUACCAGCAGAACUGCGCUGCGGUGCCUCCUCGUCCUGUUCAACACCUCCUGCAAAAUGAUCAAAAAGACAACUACCUGGACGUGAGCCCGGGUUUGCCGCGGAAGGAGCAAAGUUGUUCGGUGAAAGAACAAACAUCAAAGCACAAUUCCAACGGUGCCGUCUACCUGCCCGCGACGGAGAGUGAAGCACUGUACUUGAAGGAAUUGACCGAGGAAGCGGAGGUGUUGAUCCACCGCAUUGUGGAACGCGAAUCGCCGAGGAUGGGGAUGAAGUUUUAAAAAAAAUGAAACUGCUACUGCUCCACUUGAUUUGAAAUUUUUGUUCACUUUUUUUCGUUUUUCGUUUCAGCUACUCCGUCACGACUUGUUGAGAAUUACAGACGACGAGGACCACCAGGCUAUUGUAAGACGACGAUGUUGUACUAGCCCUGGCAUUAUUGUAUUGCAAUUGCGUUUCCUUGUACAAUAUAUUGAAGAAUUUGAUCCAAGCAUAGCAAAUUUGGUACGUAAAUCCUAAUUCUGGUGACACAAAAAUACACUCACUAUUUUAGUCUUUUAUUCCUACUUGUUCUGUCAAACGAUCACGAUAAAGAAGCAGAUCCUGAUGGAGUCAGUCCGCAAACUAACUACGAGCAAACAGAUAUUAAAGAUGAAUGAUUAUUGUGCGGCUUCGGCUCGUUUGUUUUUCCGGCCGCCCCAGGCAACAAAUAAGAAUAACUGAUGUUGAGGGUAAAAAGUAUAGAUGAAAAUGCGCAUCAUGUGAAUGAGUCAUCAUGUAGAAGCAGCAUAGUCACACACACGUGAAAUUGAAACUGGGAAAAUCGAUGAAAGUUUAAAGAUUGGGAAGUAGAUGUUGACAAUGACAUUGGCAGGUGAUCAUAAACUAACAUAUCCGAUACAUCUUGUUGCUGCACACUGGCAUGUGACAUUAAAAUGUCAAAAUCUACAUGAUCUAGU